AUGUAUGACUCUGAACGCAUGCGGAGGAGGUCCAUGUCCGAGUGCAUUUGUCUGAAACUGAGUAGCCAAGGCUGCCAGUUACACUUCAGCACCAUGGACAGCGCAAGUCAGACACCACGCAGAGUAAACGCUAUCAGGCAGUCGUUUAACAUGGAGGACAUGUUUCGUCUGGUCGAGACACCGGUGUAUUGGGUCGGUGCACUUACAUCGGCCUUAUUAGCGCUGUGGCUGGUAUACAAGCUGGUCUCCGGUUUUCGAAUAUGGGUGUUGGGGAACGGAGACUUACUCUCCCCCAAACUGGGAAAAUGGGCAGUUGUAACGGGAGCCACGGAUGGAAUUGGGAAAUCCUACGCGGAGGAGCUUGCUCGACGAGGGUUUUCCAUGAUGCUUAUCAGUCGUUCCCAGGAGAAGCUGGACGAUGUCGCCAGGUCCCUGGAGAGUCAGUAUAAAGUGGAGACAAAGACCAUCGCUGUUGACUUUGGAGAAGUAGAUAUCUAUCCAAAGAUUGAGGCUGGGCUGGCUGGACUGGAAAUCGGCAUUCUGGUGAACAAUGUUGGCAUCUCCUACCCUUACCCCGAAUUCUUCUUGCACCUCCCUGAUCUGAAUAAUUUCAUCAACACCAUGAUCAAUGUAAACAUCACUUCAGUGUGCCAAAUGACCCGCCUUGUGUUGCCCAGGAUGGUCGACAGAUCUAAAGGUGUGAUCCUGAACAUCUCCUCGGCCAGUGGCAUGUUCCCAGUCCCACUGCUCACUAUCUACUCUGCCACCAAGGCAUUUGUUGACUUUUUCUCCCGUGGACUCCACGCAGAAUACAAGUGUAAAGGGAUCAUCAUUCAGAGCGUGCUGCCUUUCUUCGUGGCCACUAAAAUGACGAAGAUCAGGAAACCCACUCUGGACAAGCCCACCCCUGACCGCUAUGUAGCUGCUGAACUGACUACGGUAGGAGUGCAGGACCAGACCAACGGCUACUUCCCUCAUGCUGUCAUGGGCUGGGUGACCACUGUUCUUGCCCCUAUCCAGUUGGUCAUCUACCUGGGCAUGCGCAUGAACAAGGGUCAGCGUGCCGGCUACCUCAGGCGAAGGAAGCUGAGAUAG